AGGCUCCAUCCAAAUUCCAAAACAUGCGCGGACGAGAUCUGAUAUCCCCUCUGGCUCCCACCGACUCGGAGCCUUCCACCGCCACCGCCUCAGCCUCCCUCUCCCGAAUUUCCCGCGCCUCUCUCCAUACGAAUUUCGCAGAUUAUCUAUCUUAUUCGUCAGGAAUGCGAAACCGCGAUUGAUUCAUCUCCCUUUUUCUCCGUUGUUGUGAAAUAUAAUCUUUUGCCGGUUUGUGAUUGAACGUUCCGUACCGUAGCUUUCAAGGAUGUCGCCUCUCAUUCCGUCUGGGACGUGCAUUUGUUAGUUGGUUUGGUUUGGGGGCUCUGGAGACAUUUCGAUACGGACGGCGCCGAGAGGUAGAUUACGUAUUUUGGAGGAAAUUUUUGGUGAUGAGAUGAUACACUGAUCAAUCAUAGUUAACCGGUCUGGCUGGAGGUUUUAGAAAGUGGUUACAAUGUCUUAUGGAUUGAGUUUCUUGUUGACGAAGUUGGAAACAGUAUCAACUUCCAAUUAUGCUUCGAUUGUGUCCAUGAAUUUAUUUGUUGCUCUUCUUUGCGGUUGUAUUGUUAUUGGUCACCUGCUCGAGGAGAGCCGUUGGAUAAAUGAGUCCAUCACUGCCCUUAUCAUUGGUCUAUGUACAGGAUCUGUGAUUUUGCUAAUAAGCAGAGGAAAAAACUCUCAUCUAUUAGUCUUCAGUGAAGAUCUUUUCUUUAUAUAUCUUCUUCCACCAAUUAUAUUCAAUGCUGGGUUUCAGGUGAAAAAGAAGCAAUUUUUCCGCAAUUUUAUCACUAUUAUGCUGUUUGGUGCUAUCGGUACUAUAAUUUCCUGGGUUAUUAUAUCAUUAGGUGUCACACAGUUAUUCAGAAAAUUGGAUAUUGGGUCUCUCGACAUUGGGGAUUAUCUUGCCAUAGGUGCAAUAUUUUCUGCAACCGACUCUGUUUGCACGUUACAGGUGCUUAAUCAGGAUGAGACACCGCUACUUUACAGCCUGGUAUUCGGGGAAGGUGUCGUGAAUGAUGCUACAUCUGUGGUGCUGUUUAAUGCAAUCCAGAGCUUUGACCUCACAAAUGUUGACCACACAAUUGCGCUUCAUUUUAUUGGAAAUUUCUUGCAUCUAUUUUUUACUAGCACUUUGCUGGGAGUGGUAACUGGGCUGGCGACUGCCUAUAUAAUCAAAAAGCUGUAUUUUGGCAGGCACUCAACAGAUCGUGAGGUUGCUCUUAUGAUGCUCAUGUCUUACCUUUCCUACAUGAUGGCUGAGCUAUUCUAUUUGAGUGGCAUCCUAACUGUGUUUUUUUGCGGAAUUGUGAUGUCCCACUACACCUGGCACAAUGUGACAGAGAGUUCAAGGAUCACUACGAAGCAUGCUUUUGCGACGUUGUCUUUUGUUGCAGAGACAUUUAUAUUUCUUUAUGUUGGUAUGGAUGCUUUGGACAUUGAGAAGUGGAAGUUUGUGCAUGAUAGGCCAGGAACGUCAGUUGCAGUUAGUUCAAUAUUGCUCGGCCUAAUUUUGGUUGGAAGGGCCGCUUUUGUGUUCCCCCUAUCCUUCUUAUCUAACUUGGCCAAGAAAAAUUCAAAUGAAAAAAUUCACUUCAAGCAGCAAGUCACAAUAUGGUGGGCUGGCCUUAUGAGGGGUGCCGUGUCUAUUGCUCUGGCUUACAAUAAGUUCACUAGUUUGGGGCAUACUUCUCUGCAAGGAAACGCAGUUAUGAUCACCAGCACAAUUACCGUUGUUCUUUUCAGCACGAUGGUGUUUGGUUUAUUGACGAAACCACUUAUAAGGUUCUUGCUGCUAAGAAAGCAACCAGGAAGUAUAACAGCAUCACCUGAUCCUGAAACGCCCAAGUCAGUCAUAGUGCCCCUUUUAGGUGGACAAUCAGGAGAUGUAGACAUGGAUGGUCAUGUACACUCGCCUGGUGUUGACAUGGAUGACCAUGACAUCCACCGCCCCCCUUCUUACAGCCUCCGCUUACUUUGGACCACCCCGACUUACACCGUCCAUCGCCUCUGGCGUAAGUUUGAUGACACGUUCAUGCGCCCGGUGUUUGGUGGCCGCGGUUUCGUUCCCUACGUACAGACCUCUUUUGUCGACUAACCAAAUGGGGAAAGGCACGAAGCCGGUGUACAAAAAGACCUUGAGCUUAGCAGCAUGCAACCAUUGUAAGUUAAAGGCAUUGAGUAGAGUUUUCUGUGUGGCUUAUAUUACAUAACAAUAAGCCAAUAUUGCUGAUCUGAAACUGUUUAAACAGUUUCUGCUGUGUAUAUCUUUCCACUGUAUUUACUAAUUACAGAAUACAGAUGGGUUUGAGCUCCCGGAAGGUGGCUUCAUCCCAGAUUUUCUAUACUUGCACUGGUAUGAUUUUUAACGCUUACUAUCUUGUGCAUUAUUACGAUCCCAAUGCAUAAGAUGCUGAUUCAA